UCGCCAUAGUAACAAUAGCACAUGUCUGCAUCUCUUUGAUAUAAAUGUCUACCAGCUCAAGCAGUGCUAGUGAUGAGGGCAGUCAUCUCUCCCAGAGUGAUAUGUCUGACCAAGACUGGACCACCACCCUGGACCAAACACUGGAGCAGAGCAGUCAACCAGAUGAUCUAGGAGGAGACCAAGAGGACAUUGUGUGUGUAGCUCUACCCCCCAGCCUCUCCACAGCUUCUGUGAAUGAGGUGGCAUUGACUGGCAGUACUGCCUUGGACGUCCUUGAUCAGCUUUUAGCCAACGAUAAGAUUGGCAAGGAGAGAGCUGCUCGACUCAGGAGGAAGUAUAAUUCCCUGAGGGACAAUCUGGAGACGUCACGUCAGUUGGAGAACACUCUGCUCAUGGAGGCUAAGUCCCUGGAGCAUCAACUAGGUCACCAGAGGAAAGUGCUCGAGAGAGGGGACAACUUUCCCGACACUGAUAACUCAGAGAAUGGGAGACUGCGGCAGAAUCUGCUGACUAAACAAAAUGAGUUUGACCAAACUGAAGAUACACUUAAAAAACUGGAGAAUGAGAUUGCAAUACUGAAGGAGGAGCAUGGUCAGGUCGAGAGGGAAUACAGUCGACAACCCAAGAGGGAAGAGCUGGAACAGCACAUUAGAGACCUUACAAGACAGAGAGAUGAUUUCAAGAGUGAGAUCGAGAAGCGUGGGGAUGACAUACAACGGUUAAAAGAAGAUUUGGACAAAAAGAACUUCAAAAUUUCCGUUAUUCAACAAGAAGCAGAUGAGAUGCGGCAGUUAGAAGAGCUGAUGCAAACUGAACUUAUUGAGAUACGAAACCUGCCAUCCAUUCCUAAAGAGAUUGACCACAUCAAAAAACAGAAAAGAGAAAUGGAAGAGAAAUGUCAAAAUCAGAGACAGUGUUUGGCAGAACUGCAGCCACAGAUUGCUGAGAGUGAAGAUCGUAUGUCAGCGCUCAAGUCCAAGCUCACUGACGUGGUGAGAGAGUUGAAGGAGCGUGAGAAUAUCCUCGAGAGUGAUCAGAUACACCUCGGCCUACUCAACAAGGACCUGAGCACUGCCAAGGAGCGUGAAGCAUCUCUCCACGAGGACAGGGCCAGUCUGGAGCUACAGUGGAGGCACCGCUGCCUCGAGUAUAAGGGACUCUUGGAGACCAUCUCAACCAAGAGCAAGGAAAAAGACAGGGAACUAAAAUCCCUCAAGAAGGCUGAGCUACACUUGGGCAUUGUGUCAGAGCAGAGAGAGCAGAUUGCACGUAAGCAGGCAGCACUGGAGAACGACGCCAUGCAACAGAGGGUGCUGUUUGAAGCUGUACGUGGGAGGAGGGAUGAGGUGGCCAGGGAAGUGGAGCAAUUCAGACGAUCUCUCUCUCUAGCCAUUGGAAUGAGUGAUGAACACACUGCUAUAAUAGACGGGCUCCAGUCGACUGAGCAGAGAUUGAAAGCAGAAAUCUUGCGGCAAAUUUCCAUUCUUCAGGAUCUUAAGAAAGACCAGGUCUCAAUUACCAAGUCUCGGGACCAAGAAGCUAAAGAUUUCUCCAAGAUUAAACGUCAGCAGAGAUCAAUUAUUGACAGUCUUCUCACUAAAGAAGGAGAGAUUGAUGAACAUCGCAAGAGACUAGGAGAGCUACAGAUGCAACUGAAAGACUUUGCUACUGCCUAUGAGGUGGUCAAGUCUGAGCGUAACAAGCUUCAUAGACACAUCCAGCUGAUGCAGCAAGUCGGGGCAGAGCUGGCAGAGAAGAGCAAGGUUCUUCAGAAUGAGACUGAAAUACUGCGAACUGGUGCAGUCACCAAGGAGAGACUCCUCCAGAAGUGUUCUUUAGUGACAACAGUGAAGAUCAUGGAGCGGGACACUCAGAGACAAGAGUUGGUCAAACUCAAGCUGAGUCAGGGGGAGCUGAACUCAGAGCUGGAGACCAGUAGGGAGGAUAUCUCUAAACUAACACGACAGAUCAACAGCUCAGAGCAAGAGCUUACUAGACUUCGUCGGCACUAUGAACUGUCAGUGCAAGAACGCAAUGAUCUCGGCCUACAACUUAUUGAAAGGAAUGAAGAGGUGUGUGUGUUCUAUGAGAAGAUGAACAUACAAGAGUCUCAGUUGAGGAAGGCCAAUAUCGAGCUAACAGCUAGGGAGGAGAAGAGAUUCCUCAAUAUGGAGACAUCUCACCUUCAAAACGAUGUUUUUGUCGCGAGGAAGUCCCUACCAAUGGGCGACAACAUAGAGAUGGAUCUGAUUAAUGCUCAGAUAGAGUUACAGAACUGUCAGAAGACUCUCAAGCAGUUAGGGGAAGCUGUGGAGUGUGCCAGUGACCCAGCUAGACUGAGGCUCCUUAGUGGGGACAACCCCUCUCGGAAACAACUCAUUGUGAAAAUUGAUGCACUGGAGGGUAAACUCUCCCAGUGUGAGCAGCAGUUGCUUGAGAAGGAGCUACUAUUUGAGCAGGUGUGUAAGCUGACAGAGAGGGCCAACAGGAGGGUGGAGGGUCAGAGAGACUCUACUCUCUCAGUGGCCAAGAAGGUCAACACCUACCAAGCCAAGAUCAAGGACUCCAACAGAAAGAUGAUGGCACUUGUGUCAGAGCUCUCAAUGACACAGGCCCAAGCACUGGGCCUGCAGCAGGAGAGUCGAGAGGCUGAGCUGAAACUGGAGCAGGUAUACGUUAGACUGACCAAUGGUGAGCCACCAGAUGACGAGUCCAAAUGUCAAUGGGAGAAGAUGAUCAAACAGAAAGAAAGGAACGAAAGUGAUGAACUAGUUAGGAGAAAGCUCCUGGAGGAGGAGGAGUCUCGUACACUGCCUGGAGGUGCCCUCUCCUAUGCUGACCCUAGACCCAAUGCCUACAUGCCAAUGGGAGAGGAUACACUACCGAUACCCAAACCCUAUGGUAGCCAUGCACCAUUCAAACCAACACAGCCUGGAGCUAACCUCAGACACAUCAGAAAACCUGAACCCAAACCAAUAGACAUAUAAUAGCAAACUCAUUAGCUGUAAGACUUAUUGUCAUGUUGUUAUUCCUUGAGUUACUGUUUGUUGCCAACACCUGUAGAAAUGAACACUUGCACAAUAGCCGUCCCGUGCACUGGUGCACAAUACAUUC